CUCAUGGCAGAAGAAACCUUGUCACCAUCGCCUCCACCCCAGAAUACUCCAUCAGAAGAAGAGCAGGUAGAAGAGGAAGAACCUUUAGUUAAACAAUCUUCUAUCCCUAAUAACCCUGACAGACAGUCUCCUGUUCCCGAUAACGAUGAGAGAGAAUCUUCUAUCCCAGAUAAUUCUGAAAGACAAUCUUCUAUUCCAGAUCAUUCUGACAGGCAAUCAUCUGUACCAGAUCACUCUGACGAGAACGAGGCUACAAAAAUAAUUGUUCUCCAGCUUUCCUUUGGCUCCACCGAAGAGACGGUGCAUGAAUAUUUCUCCAAAUUUGGAGAAAUUGAAAAGUUGGACUUGAAGCGAUAUCCUGAUGGUACUUCCAGAGGUUUUGCGUUUAUCAUCUUCAAAACCGAAGACGCCCUAGCUCACGUUUUAAAUGAGCAGGACCACUCUAUUGACAACCGUAGAGUGACAGUAGAAAAAGCUAGAACUAGAUCAGAGAAAAUGCAAACUAACAAAAUAUUCAUUGGGAAACUUCCAUCCGAACUUACGGAAGAACAUCUGAGAGACUAUUUCUCUGAGUUUGGUGAAAUCGAAGAGAUUCAAUUUGUAUUCAACAAGCAAACCCGUGAACGGAAGAGUUUCUGUUUCAUUCAGUUCAAGUUCAGUGACGCUGUAGAGAAAAUAACAGAAUCUAAGGUUCCUCCUGAGAGCACUCGUCACACUAUUCAAUCAUUCGAAAUAGAGUGCAAGAAAAAGUUCGACGACAGUCAUCCUAUACAGCGCAAGAUUAAAGCAAUAGAACGCCAGAAGAAAGGAUGGGACUAUUACGGUAACCAUGGCAACAACUACGGGAACAAUGCGUAUGAUUACAACAGCAACUACGGAGGUCCAUACUACGGAUACGGUCACUACGGCGGUCACUACGGCGGUCACUACGGCGGUCCACCUCACAGGGACAUGUAUUACAACGGUUACGAAGAGUACAACAAUGCGUACAAUGGUUACUAUAACAACGGAAACAUGGGUAAAACAGCUAAUGGUGGUAGCAGAGGUAACAGCCGUGGUAACAAAAAUAGCACUAAUAAUAGUAACUUAUCUCAGAUUGUUAUGUCUGACACAGAAGCUCCUCAAGAAGUAGUCCCGGAGACCAUGGAGACACCAGCAGAGGAAGCAGCACCAGCAGAGGAAACUCCAGCAGAGCCUGAACCUCAAGCUGAAGAGGAGGUAAUGGAAGAAGAACCAGAAGUAGCCGAACCAGAAGAGGCUGAACCAGAAGAGGCCUCAGUUGUAGUGACAGAUGAUGUAGCACCUCCUGGCACCGAGCCAGAGCAAGAGAUGGAAUCCGAACAGCCAGCAACUGAAGCACCUGUGCAGUGCGAGGAAACUACCUAUGUAUCUGGACCAGAGAAACCUGUCGCUGGACCUGAGGAACCAGGCAAGGAAGAACCAGCACCAAUGGCUGUGGAAUCUGUCCCUGAAGUAGAUCCCGAGACCAGAGCUAUGAUAGAAGACCUUGACAGCGAACUUCCUGAUGAGAUAGACAGCCCUAAAGUUCUUGUACAAAACUUAGCUGAGACCACAUCUGAGGAUACACUGAAGGAGUAUUUCAGCAAGUUUGGUGAGGUCAGGAUUGCGAAGCUGAAAAAAGACGGGGAAGGCAAGUCCACAGGAUUCGCCUUCAUCAUCUUCUCUGAUACCGCCAACAUUGCAAAAGCCUUGGAGCAAUCAGAACACGAGAUUGACGGUUCUGUAGCCAAGCUAACGAAAGCAAUGCCUUCUUCCGAGAAAAUGAAAACAAACAAACUCUUCGUUGGAGGUCUUCCAGCCGCACUUUCAGAGGAACAACUCCGUGUUUACUUCGAGAAAUACGGUAAGAUCCAAAACUUCCAGUUCAUUGUCAACAAAAUGACGAACACAAGGAAAGCUUUCUGUUUCAUCUUGUUUGAAAGCUCAGAUUCAGUUGAGAAGAUCACGGAAGGCAAGAUUCCUCCCAACAGUGUAGUCCACACGAUAGAAGGGCACACUGUAGACUGCAAGAAGAAGUUCGAUGAGGAUCACCCUGUUCAGAAGAAGAUCAAAGCAAGGUCAGCACAGUACAACUCGAACAGACAACAUAACUACCACAACAGCAACAAUUAUGGAGGUCAGGGACAAUAUGAUGCUUCAGCAGCUGGUGCAUAUGCCGGCUACGGAGCAUACGGAUACAGUGGUUAUGAACAGUACUAUGGUGCAUACGGUGCAUACGGCGCCUACCCCGGAUACGGCUAUCCAGCAUAUCCAGGUUACGCUUAUCCAGGUUACGCAUAUCCCCAAGCUCAAGCAUACGGCAGCCAAUACGGCCCAGUGAAGCAAAACAGAAGUAACAGUACGUACAAACCAUAUUAAGCCCCAGUCAUCUGGCAUUGACUCUUAUUUGUGAUACUGUAUGUCCAUAUUGUAAACCGAUUUUUAUCGUAUCUGAUAGUUUUAUGGCAGAGCCGGUUUUUACAAUUUCAAUUCAUAACGAUAAUGUGAUCAGAGUUUCAUUAAUUUUUCGUCUUAACGCGUGAGUUCUGAGACUUAUAAUAAGGUUUCCUCUUUAAAGUAUGAUAUAUCUUUAAGAACCUUUUAUUCGAGUUGUCUUGAACUUAAUGAGCAUUUAAUUUUAACCAACCUGAUUAUCGGAGCUGAUUCCAGCCUGAAAUGUUUUGCUAAUAGGUGAAAUAUUUAAACUUAAAAUAUCUUUAACAAUCAGUUAUCAAAUGAUGCACAGUCUCUAUUUAUUUGAAACAAACGUCUAAGGGAAAUGAAAUAUGCCUUGGCAAGUUUUAGACGUUUCCGACUUCAAUAUUGUUCAGGAAUAUUCUGUUGUUUGAUUUCCACUUAUAAUAUCGUGUAAAAAACAUGAUUUUAUUUUAAUAUGAACCUUAUUCCUGACGUUCAA